AUGUCGAGAGAAGUCAAUCCCUACGCCAACCAGGCGCAGCUGUCCCCGCUUGAGCAGGAGGUGCUUUGGGAGUAUGCGAAGCUGUCUGACAAGAUCAAGAGGAUAUCCAACCUCGCGCAGCUCACCGCGGCCUCGCCGAACGAAUCCCUCCUCGCCGAAUUGCGCAGUCUCGAGAAGAAGAUGGGUCUGGUACUGACACUCUACAAAGCCUCAGUCUGGGCCGUGAUGAUGGAGCAGCAAGCUGCCGAAGAAGAGGCGCAGCAGGGACAGCACAUGGACAACUCGUCCGAAUACAGCGGCAACUAUGCGUAG